AUGUCGGUUCAGAUGACGAGAUAUAAGCAGGCGCAGUUUGCGGACGAGGAUAGCAGUAGUAUCGGGUCGAUACAGAUCAACGAGACGACUCGCAGCCCUACGAUGCACAUUCGUUAUCAUGCCGCACGUGGCACCUCACUGUGGAAUGCCCGGAGCAAGCUGGAGAAGGUCCUGCUGCUGCUGUUGGCGUUCGCGAUCAUACUGAUCGUGGUGCUGAGCAGUCUGCUAGCGAACGAUAGUACGCGCAUUCUGCACGUGCGCCCUCACGUAGGUUCCGAUCCUUUCGGGGUGGACGAGCAACUGCCCUGCCUCAAUCAGCACUGCAUCUUCGCGGCUAGCGAGAUACUGCACUCGAUCGACUGGAGUGUAGAUCCGUGCGAUGAUUUCUAUGCGUUUUCGUGCAACCAGUGGAUCCGCAACAACCCCAUCCCGGAGGGUAAGUCCAUGUGGGGGUUGUUCGGGAAGCUGGAGCAACAGAAUCAACUGGUGCUGAAGAACGCCCUCGAACGGCCGCUAGCCGAGUUUAAAUCGAAGGCAGAGAAGAAGGCCAAACUGUACUACCAGUCGUGCCUGGACGAGGACGAAACGAUGGAGAAGCUGGGCGCGGAACCGCUGCAGAAGCUGCUGCGCCAAAUCGGCGGUUGGAAUGUGACGGCCAACGCGAGUGGGUUCGACGUGCAGCGGUGGUCGCUGCAGCGCACGCUGCAAACGCUACAGAUACGCUACAACAUGGGCGGAUUGUUCGGGUGGGCGGUCGGUGAGGAUGAUCGGAAUUCAAGCAAGCAUAUCAUACAGAUCGAUCAAGGCGGGCUUACGCUUCCUUCGCGCGAUAACUAUCUAAACAAAACGGCAAACGCGAAGAUACUGACCGCCUAUCUGGAGUACAUGACCAAGGUGUCGGUGUUGCUCGGUGCGGACGAAACAGACGCCCGUCGGCAGAUGCUGGAGGUGAUUGAGUUUGAGACGCGUCUUGCUAACAUCACCACGCCGCAGGAUAUGCGUCGAGAUGAGGAGACGCUUUACCACCCGAUGACGCUCGCAAUGCUGCAGGAAAAGGCCCCGUUUAUCAACUGGCAGGAACAUUUCGAGGAAGCGUUCCGGUUGGUGCGCCGGAAGAUUACCGAGAAGGAGCGCGUUGUCGUGUACGCUCCGGAGUACCUCGAAAAGCUAAACAUCCUGAUGAAGGAGUACACGGCUACGGAUGAGAAGAAGAUUAUACUGAACAACUAUCUGGUGUGGCAGACUGUACGCACGCUUACCGCUUGCUUAUCGAAAGCGUUCCGGGAUGCAUACAAGGGCCUUCGGAAGGCACUGAUGGGUUCGGAUGGUGGCGAGGAGCUGUGGAGAUACUGCGUGUCGGAUACGAGCAAUGUGCUCGGGUUCGCCGUUGGUGCUAUGUUUGUGCGGGAUGUGUUUCAUGGUGAUUCGAAACCGCAAGCGGAAGACAUGAUCAAUCAGGUGCGGGAUGCGUUCAAGGCGAACUUCAAGAAUCUGGGCUGGAUGGAUGCGGAGACGCGUCGACUAGCGGUGGAGAAGGCGGAUGCGAUCAGCGAUAUGAUCGGGUUCCCCGAUUACAUCCUGCACCCGGAGGAGUUGGACCGAAAGUAUCAGGAUUUGACCAUUGAUCCGAAGACGUACUUCGACAACAACAUUAACUACAACAUCUACAGCUUGCGGAAGAACCUGGAAAAGCUGGACCAACCUGUCAACAAGACGAAGUGGGGCAUGACACCGCCGACCGUUAAUGCGUACUACACACCGACCAAGAACCAGAUCGUCUUUCCGGCCGGCAUACUGCAGAAUCCAUUCUUCGACAUCAAGAACUCCAAGAGUCUGAAUUACGGGGCGAUGGGUGUGGUGAUGGGGCACGAGCUGACACACGCAUUCGACGACCAGGGCCGGGAGUACGAUAAGUACGGUAAUCUGCACCAGUGGUGGAACAAUCAGACGAUCGAACGGUUCAAAAAUCAGACCGAAUGCUUCAACCAGCAGUACGGUGCGUACCGUAUUAAUGGCAAAACGAUCAAUGGGAAACAAACGAUGGGCGAGAACAUUGCGGACAAUGGUGGCCUAAAGGCGGCAUUCCACGCGUACAUUAACAACGAGAAGAACAGCUACACCGACACGGACACGUUACCCUUGCCGGGUGUGAAUAUGACCCACCGGCAGCUGUUCUUCGUGUCGUUCGCGCAGGUCUGGUGUUCGGCAGUGACGGACGAGACGACAACGCUGCAGAUAGAGAAGGAUUCACACUCACCGCCAAAGUAUCGCGUGAUAGGCCCGUUAUCGAACCUGAAGGAGUUCUCCGACACGUUCCACUGUCCACUCGGUACGGGUAUGAACCCGAGGGAGAAGUGCGUGGUAUGGUAA